GCAAAAUUGCCGGCGAAAUGCCUCUGCUUCAUUAAAAAUAAGUAAUGUAAAAUAGACUUCGACCAUAACUAAAAUGUUUAUUUGAAACGAGUUUGCAGUUGAAUUUAAAGAGUAUAUUAUUUGUUUAAUAAAUUUUACGUCAGUUAAACUUUCAUUAAUAUUAAAUAAAAUGCAACGAGGUACUGCCAAAAAUCAACAAAUCAGCUUGGUAAAUACCGACAGCAAUGCUGGAACUGUUGUUGACAAAAUGGCGCCACGCAGAGGUAGGCCGCGAAAAAUAGGCAAAUUGAAAACUACACAUCCAAUCAUUGCAACUGGUAGAGGACGUGGGCGACCGAAAAUUUCAAAUCUGUCGGCGGAAUUGAAUGAUGAUAUUGUCACGAAUACCAAAGUUGUAAAGAAAACCUUACAAAGCCGUCAAGUGAAGUCAAUUGGACGUAUUGAACGACGUGGUCGGCCGAGAAAGCAGAAACCAUGCAGCGACAGUGAGAAUUCAUAUUGUGAUGAAAAACCCGACUUUGAAGAACGUCGCCCAGUGGGAAGACCCUCUACAGGCGCUGUAAAUUUAAAUAUUGUGCGCACUGGUCGAGGGCAAGGACGUCCAAAGAAAUUGCAAUCGAAAAUGAACGUUACACUGAAAGUAACACAAACUGGCGAUAAUCAACCUACGAAGAAACGUGGAAGACCCAGCAAGGGUGGAGUUCCCUAUAAACCAACGGGAAAACCGCGAGGGCGUCCUAGGAUCGAGAAUAAAACCACACAAAGUGGUGAAGUAGUUGUUGACGACAAACCCUCGGAAAAAUAAUUUUACGAUUUCUGCAAUAUGUAAUUUUAUGUAGAAAUACUUUUCAUAAAUUGUAUUCAUUUAAUUUUCUAUAUGUAUGCAAAUUUGUUUGAAUAUUUAACAAGUUUAAUAUUGUGUAUAAAACUAA